GCGACGGUCUGAAUAUUACAGUAUAAACAUAACUGUUCGCCAAAAACCAUGUUAAAGUUUUGGAUUUUACUUGCAGCCAUUUUGAGUGGACUUUUACUGACACAGUGUAAAAGUCAUGAAUCAGAUUCAAGAAAGCUACACAUUCUAUGGACAAAGUACAAAGAACUAAAAGAGGACGUCGAUAAACUUAAAUCGUUACAUCAGAAAGAACAGAGCGAUUCGUCGUCAUGUUCAUCGUCAUCGUCAUCUGAAGAAGAAGAAGACGAAGAUGAUAGUAAAGAAGAGGACGGAAAAAAAGAAGAGGGAUCUGACGAAGAUAACGGGGGUGGUGGAUCCAAAGAAGAAAAUAAAGAGCAGAACAAUUAUAACGAAUACACCAAAUUCCCCAUAAGAUAUCAUCAAAUACGACUCAUUUCAACCGGAACCGAGUACAAUGCUUGCACAGUCCAGAUCGAGGCUCCAGUGAAGACAAAAUUCAUUUGCUACACCGAAAACUCCCAGUUCAUGUUCCCAGUUGAAUCUACCGAAAGUCCUCCAAAACCAAUACCGAAUCCUCGUCACGAGAUGAUUGGUGGGCUACAUCACGUGACCUGCUACUCACGCUCUGGUAUUAUGCAAUUGUCAGCGGGCAUAGAGCCACAAUAUACUACAUUUGUAGCCGUUGUACCAGCCUCGGGACGCAACAGUUUAAAUGACGACCUUAGUGACCUCAACGUAGAGUUCAAAGAGUACACCAAUACAGAGCACGACGAAUAUCGGGAAGCAAGAGUUGAUUUCAGAUUUCAAAAUAAAACUACUCCUGACAAUAUUGACGGUAUAUUACUCUGGAAAAAUGAAUCCAAAGGCACAUUGCAAUGGACAAAUGACGGGGAACAGCAGAGCAUCAACUUAACAACUAAUGUCUCUUCCGUGUCUGAGUCUGAAACUAUGGUGCUUUUAAGGGUUCCGGUUGACGAAGUCGAAGAGAUUCACGGAAGUACGAGUGUGUAUCUUGAAUAUCGAUUGGAGGUCUCACGGGGAAUAAAUUUACGUUUUGAUAUGCAGCUACUGGGAAAAACUUCGUUACUUGAACCUCUAAGUCUAACGGAAAUUGCAAAACUCAAUGGCAAUAGAGACAAAACGUUUACCGAAAACCAAAGAGGAAAUAUCCAGUGUUCUUUUUUUACCAAUCCUACUGCCGCUGUAGAUAUUCUAAAGAAAGAUGACAAAGGGAUGAACAGGGUUUUGGAAACCUUUAAAACGUACUACAAUGGUAUUGCUUUUGCCGUUAAAAUUUGGGAAAAUGUUACAAACGAUGUCAGUGGACAGUACCUUUGCAGAGCUACUGCCGGUAGUCGUAUUGUUGAAGACGAAUUCAACGUUGACGUUGUUGGAUUUGUCCGGAUACUCAACGCAAAUGUCAUCAAAAUUGACAAUCUUGUAACAAUUAACAUUGAAGCUACUGCAGAAAGAAGCAAAAGUAUAAAUAUGGAGUGUCACGUGGAACUCAGUGACCCUUACGAAUUGAACGACGCCAUAUUGUUUCGGGAGCGGUCAAUUAAAAACGAUUCAUCCCUCGUGUCAUCACUGGACAUGUUAGAUGAAGAUGAUAACAACUCGCUAUCAGAUUACCUGGAAGAAUACAGCCCUCUUGUUAUCGACUAUGCUCGAACCAUCGAAUUCUCUACCCAGAACGAUUCUUUGAAGAAGAAUAUCUCCGUUGUUCUAGAUCUUGAGAUGGUCCCCGAGACGCCAUCUAAGGUGAGCUGCACUGCCCGGAACAUCGAGCCCGAUAGAAUACAGAUUGACGACCACAUGACAAAUUGGAUCACUUUAACGAUUAUUUAAAACCCAAGUGAAUCAAUGAUGUUUUUCGAUUGAAAUACUAUAUAAAGAUUUCAGAAAACCCGAUAUAGAUUUGUUAAUGCAGGCACGUAGCAUCGGGGGGGGGGGGGGGGGGGGGCC